AUGUGUUCUAUCGAAGAGCUGUUGGUGUCUGAUUGGGAGGAAUUUAACAGCCAUGAUGCCUGUAAGAACGCAGCCGAGGGCUGCGCCCACAGCCUCCUACUUGCAGAAUGGAAACGAGUUAUACUGGAUGAGUGCCUGAAGAAGAACAGGAAUAUUGUCCAGCAGAUAAUGGCUAUGCAGCAGAAUGGUGUCAAAUGCAUUCUGACCGCCGGACAGCGCGCCGCACGCCGCACGCCGCACGCCCACCGGCAGUGCUUCCGCGCCCGCGCCCGCGCCCGUGGCUUCGCGAGUGCUCCGUCGUGCUUGUGUGUGGAAUGUGCAACACCCAUGCCCAGUGACAGCACCGCCGGCAGGAGCGGCGCUGCGCCCGUGACGGCGACGGUAACCGUCACGACCAAGACGUCGACGACGCACGCAGUGGCCGCCAAGAGGACCCGCAGCGCAGCCACGUUCAUGUCCACCGCCAAGACGACGCGCGCAGAAACUAAGAGCGACUGGAGUCUACAGAUGGGGGUUCCCGCGGCGCUGCACUUCAUCGAGACCCGGUCACGCCUCUUCGUUGGUUGCAGGUUGUCGGCGCAGCGGCGGUGAGCGGCGCCACGCUCAAGCUCCCAGCUGCCAGCGAUCAAGUCGGCCCGCGCCUGCUCGCGC